CCCAACAUAAAGUAUAAGUCUCUAAUUAAAAACCCAACAUAACCUCUGAAUUAAACCCUAGUUGAAUUACCAUAGGUUCCGCCUCCUCAGCCGUUUACAUCAACAUCUUCGAGAUGGCCAAGGAGGAAGUGAAAUCGGUGGUUCCAGAAUCCAUUUUGAAGAAGCAGAAAAGGAGCGAGGAAUGGGCUUUGGCCAAAAAACAGGAACUUGAAUCAGAGAAGAAGAAAAGAUCUAAAACAAGGAAACUCAUUUGGAGUAGAGCCAAACAAUACGCCAAGGAAUACGAUGAUGCGCAAAAAGAGUUGAUUAGCUUGAAGCGUGAAGCUAAUGCAGUGUUUUAAGCAAAUUUCUCUGUCAAUUUAAGGGGGUGAGGAAGACUUUAAGCAAAUUUCUCUGUCAAUGUUCUUUCAUGUUUCAUAUUGAGAAUAUUUGACCCUAA